AUGGCGGACACCAAGCAGACUCAGAAGGGCAGGAAGACCCGCUCGGCUCUCAACGAUGUUGUGACCCGCGAGUACACCGUCAACCUGCACAAGCGCGUCCACGACACCGCCUUCAAGAAGCGCGCUCCCCGCGCCAUCAAGGAGGUCGUCGCCUUCGCCCAGAAGGCCAUGGGCACCCAGGACGUCCGUCUCGACCCCAAGCUCAACCAGGAGGUCUGGAAGUACGGUGUCAAGAACUUCCCCCGCCGCCUGCGUGUGCGCCUCGAGCGCAAGCGUAACGACGACGAGGGCGCCAAGGAGAAGCUCUACACCUACGCCAUGCCCGUCCUCGGCCUCGGCACCUGCAAGGGCCUCCAGACCACCGUCAUUGACCAGGAUGCCACGGUCUCGCAGUCAGGGCCGUCGUCUCGCUUUCUUCACACUGCUGCAUCCGCUGUCGAGGCAACGCUGCGAGCUUGCGUUGUUCUCCUCGCCAGUUCCAUCCAUUCCCGAUACUGGGGCGAUGGUCUAUUUAGGCCUCGCUCCAUCCUGUACCUCUACAAAAAGCAAAGCUCUACCACCAAAACAAGUCUGUUUACGCCAGCACGUCGUGUACGACCGACCGCCAGUGUGAUGUCGACGCGCACUGUGGUAGCGCAGUGGUUCGGCAUUGGAGGAGCAUUUCCGUGGGCUGAGACGGGCGCUUUCGAGCGCAGCACGUUCGCGAGCGAUGGUGAAACGCCAGUGCAAACUUCAAUGAGUCGGUCACAACUGGCUCACUUUCGGUGGCGAGCAGGGCGAGGAUGCGCAUUGGACGUCCGCCGGCUGGGAGCAGGCUAG